AUGGACCGCAAAACCCGAUCAACGUCGGGAGCCCGCGAUCUAUCAGAUGCGAUGCUCCCCCCAGAGGAUCCGUUGCCUUGUAAAGUGUGCAAUAAGAUCUUCCCAACAUUCGAAAAGUUUCACAAGCACAAGUUCGACAAAAAGAGUCAUUUUGGAUUGUUUUGUCUAGUCUGUUCAAAAGAUUUUGCAACCCGCGAGGCGUGCAAGGCUCACCAGCUUCAGUAUCAUGCUGCGAAACAGAACCUGCAAUGCCCAGCAUGUGCUCAGCGCUUCACUCGUCUCGGCGGCUUGAUCCAUCAUAUCGAAUAUCAAGAUUGCAAACCAGGUGGAGACCCGACUGAGUUUCGAGACCGAGUCAAACAGAAAACCGCCAUUUACAAUGAUCCCGUUAAUAUGCGUAAUCGUACUGAAUACGGCCAGACAUCUGGAGACUUCCGUGAAGAUGAUUUGCUCACCUUCGACAACGAUGGUCCCGAAUCGGCUCAGGCCAAGUCUGUCAAAGCGACUCCUGAAAUUAUCUAUGGUAAACCUUCUCGUCCAACCCCGAAUCCGACGCCGAAUCCAACCAAGCUGAGGCCCUCGACUGAAGCAACACCGUCCAAACCCAGAGGACUGUCUGCGCGAUUCGAAGCAGGUGAUUUAAUCAGUUUCGAUGAGACAUCUCAAAAUUUGAAGGACCCCCGGGACGUUCCUCCCCAGCGAACAGCAAAAGGCGUCUAUGGCAGCUCUACGGGCUCGCAAAUAUCAUCGGCCAAAGGUCCUAACAACCCCCAGCUAAAGUCUGCCUGGUCUACAAAGAAAGACUUGUUCCCAUCCACCGAAAAAGUCACUCCGUCUGUAGGUUUCGCAAAUCCACCACUCCCCGAGCCAUCUUCGACCAUCGUCAACACUGGGACACCCCCCCAAAAUGAAGCAAGACGGGACGGACCUAAACCGCUUGUUCUUUCGCCAUUUGAUCCUGAUAACCCUACCUUUCGGGCAGACAGUUUCUUUGAUCCUGAUAUAUUGCCACUUGGAAAAUAUAAGUGUCCUCAUACUGGCUGCGGGAAAAGCUGUCCUACCUCGAACUCUUUCAUAAGCCAUUUAAAAUCAGCCAAACACGCCGUGCAAAAGCUUCAAUGUCGCAGAUGUUUGAGGUACUUUGCUUCCGCAACAGCUCUCACGCAACAUUCCGAAUCGCAAGGCGUUAAUUGUAAUGUCCGGGACACUGAUCAGUUUACUGCUUGUGUCGACGAAUUUACCGCCGGUACUGCCGCUCCUGCUGGUCGUUUUAAGGACAAUACCAUCAAAUAUGUGGUCAACAAAUUUGACAAACUUGAAAUCGAUAAAGCGAAGGCUGCCCUUGAUGCCGCUAACAAGGCUCAUGCUGCUGAUCAAGCGACUUUUUGGACCAGACAUGUACCGAAAUACUAA